AUGUUUGGUCUCGUCAAUCCGACGCUAGAAGCGAUGAGGAUAAAAGCGUCAUACCUGAAUGACUUCAGCGCAGCGGCUGUGCUGGCGACAGUUGUAGAGCCAACGGUGGACGAGCCUUUCCUGUCCACUGUCGUAAAAUGGAUGGAGAUCGACAUCCCUGGAGCGUCGAUUGGAGCUGUACGCAACCGCGACUAUGUUUACGUUGAAAGCACAGGCCUCACGAGUCUCAGAAACGGCGAUCGCGUUGGUUUCCACUUGAUGCACUCCGUGAAUUUCCCACAGACGCAUGAGUUGCCUUCUCGAGUGCGUGGGAACAUUACUCGUACUGCGGCCAGAUGA